AGUAUUUAAUUUAUUAUGUGUAUUGUAUUAGUGCCUGUUUCGGUUUUGUGUGCCUGCGCAGUGCUAAUCUAUAUAUAUAAAAAGAAGUUACAUUUCCUUGGUAAUCUUAUAACUCAAGAACCGCCGAAUCGAUUGACACAAAAAUUUUAGAGUUCGUUCCUACCUAUAAGGAGGUGGUUUGUGUGAAGUUUGUUUGGAAUCGGUGCAGCCUUUCCUGAGCUUGACAUUUUUUAAUAUUAAUUUGCUGUCAUUGGAAUUCAGUUGACAGUUUUCUUAUGUGCUUUGAGUUCUUUUAUAUCUUGCUCUCAUUUUGAACAAACAUACUUUUGUUCAAUUGCCAAGCGUUACUUAAUUUUCACAAUUUUAAUUUGAUCUCAUUUUCCGUCAUACACUCUACUGAAAGAAUGCCACGUUCAAGACGACCAAACAUUGGCAGACGUUCACGUCAAUCAAAUGCUACAGCGUUAAAUCGAAGAUCACAAAGUGAAGAAGAUUGUGUUCGACGAAAUGAAAUGGAAACACAACGACACAGACAGAGAACUCACUUGGAUAAUUCGAAAAAGCAUUUCCUUUUAAAUAUUCAAAAAUACAAUUCAUGCUUUCAAAUGACAUCUUUUGGAGCUACAAAUAUUAUAAAAGAUGGAAUUAUGCCGACGUUUAAGGUGAUUUCUUCGUGUGGAAUUAGCAAUAUCAUUUUUAAUUUAAUGUGUCCCUGUGUUCGAUGUUUUUAGAAAUUAAGAUCCGUUAUCAUCUAUAUAUAUUUCUCGACCGUUACAGAUUCAAGGUCAAAUAUACCAUAGAGCUGGAUCUUUGCUACAAUUACCACAUGGUGAUCAUACAUUUUUGCAAAUAUAUUUCAUUGAUGGUGAGAAUCGUGAACUAAAUAAGCGCUGUGCAAUUUCGACGAAUACGAGAAGAUCAAUCAUGAAUGAAUUGCAAACAUUUUUUCAUCAACACAAUGAAUUGGUCAAAUAUACCAUAGAGCUGGGUCUUUGCUACCAUUACCAGAUGGUGAUCAUACAUUUUUGCAAAUAUAUUUCAUUGAUGGUGAGAAUCGUGAAUUAAAUAAGCGCUAUGCAAUUUCGACGAAUACGAGAAGAUCAAUCAUGAAUGAAUUGCAAACAUUUUUUCAUCAACACAAUGAAUUGGUGAAAUUGUUUAAAGUGGCACUCGAACGGAUGCCCUCCGAUGGCCACAAAAUCAUAAUAAAAGCCGAUAAAACACCAAUUGGGGAGCACACCAGACGAUUCAAUCCACCGACGAUUGAUGAAGUAGCCAUUGUUGUAGUUGGCGAACAGUUUCAGUCACGAGAUAUUGUUUUGUAUCGUAGAAAUGAGAAUUUACAACGUAUUUCAGAACUCCAUCGCUGUUAUGAUGCAUUGCAAUACCCCAUUUUGUUUUGGAGAGGGGACGAUGGCUAUCACAUCAACAUACCAAUGAUAAAUCCAACAACUGGUACAUAUACAUUUUAUUUUGUUUAACACGUUCGCGUUCAUUUGAAUUUAGCGGGUGGCUGCCAGAUAAUCACUUAAUUUUUCUAUACAAAAUUGAAGAGCAUGAAUUCCCGCUUUUUUUCUACAGGUUAAUUUUUUUAAACAGUCUGAACAAAUUAGGGAAUUCUCGCCAUUACCACAUGAAUUUCCUAUGCACUUUUGUCGGGAUUUCCCGCAUUUCGUUUUAUUGAAACUUCCCCUCAACAAAGCACAAAUGACUGGCACGUUAACUUUGAAUGGGGAUUCCCCAAAUUAAAUUUGUUUGAAUUGCGGUUGGCCUGUCAGGGAUGGUAGUUCACGACUUUACCAACACUAAAAAUGUGCAGUGAUAAGAAGUGAACCAUUUUUGACGGUAGAAAAGUCCUAUUCAAAUAGCGCGGGAAUUCCCGCAAUUGUUUUAUUGAAGGAAACAUGAAUGACGGGAAUUCCCGCAAUUUACGCGAAUGUGCUAAAUAUGAUUUAUAAAUCAUUUUCAUUCGCUAAUUAAUUUUUGCAAUACAGGUCAAGAAUCAACAAAAAAGUCAGUGCGAUGAAUUUUUAUUCGCACCGAUUGAUGAUUCGCCCUCAAGAAACAAAUUUUAUUUUGCGAUGCAAUCAACUUUCGCAUCAAUAUAUCGUCGAUAUGUACGCCAAAAUUGAAAGUGAGCGAUUAAAUUUCAUCCGAUACAAUCAAGCCCGAUUAAGAUCAGAGGAAUACAUACAUUUGCGUGACGCAAUAAUCAAUGAUGUAAAUGUGAAUGAUAUCGGCCGUUUAACAAUUUUACCAUCGUCAUAUGUUGGUAGCCCACGUCAUAUGCAUGAAUAUACGCAAGAUGCGAUGACAUAUGUACGAAAUUAUGGACGACUGGAUCUAUUCAUAACAAUUACGUGCAACCCGAAGUGGGUCGAUGUGUCUGAUUGUUUACUUGAUGGUCAGGUGCCAAAAGAUCGGCAUGACAUAACUGCCCAUGUAUUCCAACAAAAAUUGAAAAAAUUAAUGGAUCUGAUUGUAAACCUCCGUGUAUUUGGAGAAGUGCGGUGCUUUAUGUAUACCAUAGAGUGGCAAAAAAGAGACUUACCUCACGCACAUAUUUUGAUUUGGUGCGUAAACAAAAUAACCCCUAAUAUGAUUGAUACCGUCAUAUCGGCCGAAAUUCCAGAUCAAACCAUCGACCAAGGAUUAUUCGAAGUUGUCACGAAAAAAAUGAUUCACGGUCCCUGUGGUGAUAUUAAUCGAAAUUCACUUUGUAUGAUUGAUGGUAUAUGUUCGAAACGUUUUCCAAAGCAAUUGAUUGCUGAAACAAUUACAGGAGAUGAUGGAUAUCCACAGUAUCGUCGACGAUCAACUGAAGACAACGGUAAAUCAACUGUAAUUAAAAUUAAAAAUCAAGAUGUUGAAAUCGAUAACCGGUGUAUAGUUCCGUACUCACCGAUGCUGUCAAAAAUGUUCAACGCUCACAUCAAUGUAGAAUAUUGCAAUUCGGUAAAAUUAAUCAAAUAUAUUUGUAAGUAUGUGAAUAAGGGCAGCUAUAUGGCUGUUUUUGGAGUGGCUCCUGAGAAUAAUCAUGACGAAAUUUUGCAGUACCAAAUGGGGCGCUAUAUUAGUACGAAUGAAGCUGUAUGGCGUAUUUUAUUGUUUCCAAUUCAUGACAGACAUCCGGUUGUUGUACAUUUGGCAGUUCAUCUUGAAAACGGCCAACGUGUUUACUACACUGCUGCGAAUGCCGAACAAAGAGUAGUAAAACAACAAAAAAAUUUCAACGUCGUAUUUUUCGAACAGAACAGAUUAAAUUUUGAUUCAUCUGACCAAAUAACUCGUUGCCAAUCAUUUAUAGUCCAAUUUUUACGCUCUCUUGCAAAUUUCAUUCGCGCCUUUUGGUCCUUUUUGGACAAUGCAGGUUUAUUUUUUUUAACGGCUGAAAUAUAGCCAAUGUUGUGGAGCGCUCGUCGUGCUGUCCAUUUACUAACGUGCUUAUUUUUGGCAACUAAAGUAUUUUUCGGUGUAAUGGUCUUCUUCUUCCUCAUUUCUGCCAUCAUAAGACGUGCAUCCGCGCCGGUCAACAGUUUGCGGCGGCCUCUGGUUUGCUCCUUGGGAGCAAUAUGUCGUCAUUUUUGAACGCGAAUGACCACAGAUUGACUAAUAUUUAACUCCUUGACUAUUUCCCCAGGUGAAGCACCAUUAUUUGUUAAGGAAACUACAUUAUUCUCCACAUCACGCGAUAACUUUUUCAUUUUUUUUUAAUACAGAAUAUUAUAGCGGUACACUUGAUAUAACACUUUAUUUAUUACUAAUCACACGUUUUUACUCAUAAAUUUGCAUUACUGGUCGAAGACGAUAGCAAACAAUUCAAAACUAAUGGUAUAAACUGGUUUUAUGCUGACUACAUACAAAAGUGCAAAAUUGAGUACAUGCGAGUUAUUUUUGUUAUGGUUUUUUUUCUCUCUGAAUUUGUUGCUUUAUGUUUUAAAUUUUUUUUUGUAUUAUUUAGAAUGGAACAACGAAUACACGAAAAAAAAUUUGGUUUUA